UGUUUUAGCGCUUCUCAAAUCUCCAAUCCGUUUAGGUAAUUCAAUGACCAUCUUGUGAGGUAACUAUGCACAUCAAAGAGGUCAACAUCACUGGUUUCCGGAGCUAUCGAGAAGUCACGAGUAUUGACAGUUUCUCACCACAUCACAAUGUGAUCGUGGGUCGCAACGGUAGUGGGAAGUCCAACUUCUUUUUUGCUAUCCAGUUCGUGCUGAGCGAUGAGUUCAGCAGUCUUCGUUCUGAGCAAAGGAUGGGAGUCUUGCAUGAGGGAACAGGACCACGAAUCAAUACCGCUCGUGUGGAGAUUGUUUUCGAUAAUUCCGAUAGACGAAUCCCAGCUAUAGAGGCAACUGAGGUGCGAGUAGUCCGUCAAGUUGGACAGAAAAAAGAUCAGUACUACAUUGAUGGCAAGAUGGUCCCUCGUGCCGAGGCAAUCAAUCUUAUGGAAUCGGCUGGCUUUUCUCGAUCUAAUCCGUAUUACAUCGUGAAACAAGGAAAGAUCAACGAAUUAGCUACAGCGCCAGAUUCUCAUAGGCUGAAGCUUCUGCGUGAGGUAGCUGGUACGCGAGUGUACGACGAAAGAAAAGAGGAAAGCUUGAAGAUUCUCAAAGAAACGCAUAACAAAACCAAGAAGAUUGAGACGUUAUUGUCCUACAUUGACGAGCGACUGAAGACCUUGGAAGAAGAAAAAGAAGAUCUCAAAGAGUACCAGAAGUGGGAUAAAAUGAAGCGAUCCAUAGAGUACACCAUUUAUGAUACUGAAGCAAACGAGACUCGAAAGAAGUUGGAUAGGCUGCUGGAUCAAAGGGAAGAGCUUAGCACAAGGCAGAACAAGGUCAGUAGCGAACUUGGUGAAGUUCAAGCGCGAGGUGUCCGAGCAAGCGCGGAGCAGAGAAAGUUGGAAGCGCGAUUCAAAGGAAUGAAGGAGGAAAAGGAAGCACUUGUCGCUGAGCAAGCGGAAAGGUUUGAAAAGAAGGCUGAGCUGGAUUUGUUGAUCAACGAUCUCAGAGAGGACGUAGAAAAAGAAAAAAGUGGACGGAAUAGAGCAGAAGAUGUGCUCAAUCAGAUAAAAGCGGAGAUCCGCGAGAAAGAGGAGGAAUUGGAACGUAUAGUCCCAAAAUACCAGGAGCUUGUUGAGCUAGAAUCCGCUCUGUCGUCUGACAUACGAAUUGCUGAGACCAAAUCAAAAGAACUGUUUGCCAAACAGGGACACAAAGAUCAAUUCAAGUCGGCAGAAGAACGUGAUGCAUUUCUUCGGAGAGAAGUCCGCCAUAUAACCCGACAGAUCGGAGACACAGAAGAGCAGAUAACUGAUAUUGAGAAGAGCCUUGAAGAGGAGAAACGUGAAGAGGAACAGUUGACUGUGCAUGUGCAGGAAUUAGGCGUAGAGCUACAAGAAAACCAUAUCCGAAUGGAUAAAGCAAGCGGAGAACAUGGUCGACUGAAGCAGGAGUUCGACAAAGCAAUGGUUGCUCAAUUAGAUGCAACUCGUGAGGAAAAAGCAGUGCGGGAGCAGUUAGCUACAGUAAAUGCCGAGCUUGCUCAAAUGGAGCAGCAAAUGCGUUACCUGGCUCCAAGGUCUAUAACGAACGGCGUUGAAGGAGUCAGACGUAUCGUUCAAUGGUAUCGUGACAAUAACAUCGAUGGUCGCCAUGAUGAUGUUGUAAACGGCUACCAUGGACUAUUACUGGACCUCAUUGACUGCGAUCCUGUCUAUUUCCAAGCCGUAGAGAUCACUGCUGGUUCUCGCUUGUUGUUUCAUGUUGUUUCCGAUGAUAGAGUCGCACUGAAAAUCAUGAGGCAAUUCAAUCAGCAAAAUCUUCCUGGUGAAUGCAACUUCUUCCCUGUAAAUAGGAUUGUUGCACCUCCUCGCAAAGAAUAUCAGGAUGCGGAUGGUCGAGCUAUUCUCGAUGUUUUCGACUACGAUGAAUAUUAUGAUGCGGUUUUCCGCAACGUUUUCGCUGGCACUGCUAUUGUUCGUGAUCUGCAUCUCGGUGCUCGUUUUGCGAGAAGUGAGGGUUUUGACUGUGUGACUCUCGAGGGCGAUCAGGUUUCCCGUCGAGGUGCUCUCACCGGUGGUUACAUUGACACAAAAAGGUCGAAACUGGAACUACAUAAAAGUAUUCGUGGUCAGCAAAUGAAUAGGGAUCAGCUACAAACUACGAUUGGUGAGAUUCAGCGCAAAGUGAAUGACAAAAUGACUGCUGUUGAAAAAAUACAGAUGGAGAUUGAUAAGGCAGACAAUGAUAUGCGCGUAUACAAACAGCAGCAUCGAAAUCUCACGGAAAAGAAACGCUAUGCAAGUGAACAGCUACAUGCGAUGGGUAGAAAUCGUGAGCCAAAGAAGGCUCAACUCCUAAAUUUGCGGAAUCGAGUGCGCGAGUUGAGCGCCCAGUUGGAAGGGUAUGAGGGUCAGAUUGGGUCUGAUUUUCAUUCUCAGCUCAGUAGGAACGAACAGGCUGAAUGUGAGAGACUGCAGAAAGAUAUCCUUGACAAGAAGCAUAGACUGGAUCAAGUGUCUAAAGAGCGUAGUGUUCUUGAGACUACGAAACAGAAGCUCGAGAAUCAGCUGACGACAAAUUUGCUUCGCAAGCGCGACAGUUUGACUGCGAAAAUCAGUGACAUUGCUGUGGAUGAAAAACGUCACAAUCUGCAGGCUGAAUCAGCUGAGUUGAAUUCGGUUAUACAAAGACUGAACGAAAUUGUUCGUCGCAUCGCAGAGUUGGAUGAGUGUCUCAUGGAGUACGAUGAAAGCGCAGAAAAACUGAAUAGAGAGUUAGAGGAUGUGCAGGAGCAACAAAAAGAUUUGGAGGCUCAGCUCGCUGACUUUUCCAAGCAAGCUGACAUAAUCUUCACGAAACAAAGCACGCUACAGUCAAAACGAGAAGAGAGUAUCAAAAAGAUUCGUGAGCUUGGAUCACUACCAACAGAUGCGUUCUCCAAAUACCAAGGAUUGUCUGCAAAACAACUGGAUAAGAAGUUAGCAGAGUGCAUGCAAGAGCUGAAGAAAUACGAAAAUGUUAACAAAAAGGCUUUGGAUCAAUUUGUACAAGCUGCUUCGCAAAAGGAAGAUCUUACGAAACGAAUGGAGGAGCAGCAGAAAAGUCAAAAGUCCAUCGAAGAUCUUCUGCAAGUUCUGGAUACAAGGAAGUAUGAAGCGAUCCAGCUUACUUUCAAACAGGUCUCAAAGAAUUUUGCCGAAGUGUUCCAAAAAUUGGUGCCAAAUGGAAGCGGAUCUCUGGUGAUACAAACGAAGAAUAAAGAUGACACCUUUGAUGCUUCUCAACCUGACCAAGAUCUUCAUUUGGUGGAGAAUUUUGUGGGAGUCGGAAUUAAGGUCUCAUUCAAUGGAGCUUCUGAAACUAGAGAAAUGGAGCAGCUUUCUGGUGGACAGAAAUCUUUGGUUGCCCUUGCCCUUAUCUUCGCCAUCCAGAAAUGUGACCCGGCACCUUUUUAUUUGUUUGACGAAAUCGAUGCUGCUCUAGAUGCGCAACAUAGAAAGGCAGUUGCUGACAUGAUUCAUGAACUUGCGGAGAAUGCACAGUUUAUCACUACCACUUUCCGGCCAGAGCUGCUUGAGUCAGCGGAGAAGUAUUAUGGUGUGAAGUUUAGAAAUAAGGUUUCGCAUAUUGAUGUUGUCACCAAGGAACAAGCAUAUGACUUUGUGGAAGAUGACACUACACAUGGAUAGCAGAGGAAAGUGUUGUUUUUCCGGAUACUGUAUAUGAUCUCGGACUAAUGUAAAUUCAUAGGUGGCAAACCUGGUCCCUGUGCUAUUCCUACGUUUUCUACCUAACUCUGUUUUCUAUCACUCCACUGUGUCUUGUAAAUUUCCUACAUACCGCAUGAUGACUACCAACUGUACAUUCGAUCUCUUAUCAUUAAAUCUGUAAUGAUGGAAAAUAUGUGCGUGUAAUGAUCACAAGGGACAUAUUCGUAAUUUGCAACGAAACAUUCACGAC